GCCACCUAUGUGCGGACCCGAACAAAGACACGGCUCGUCCAGGGCCUCCCGAGGACACACGCAGCACCUCACCCCGUAGACCCCCAGCUCGGCUGGGCGGGGCGACGGCAAUACCUGGCGGGGCGGGAACCGCCACCGAACGGCACCAAGCAGCCGCCUCCGCGCCCAACCCCGCUCCUCCCCGCCGCGCGGAGUCAGGUGCCGCCGGACGGACAGUGCGCCUGUGCGGCGGCCGCGGGGCGCCGCGGAGCGGAGCGAAGCGCCGAACCGAGUCGGUGGGGACCGCCGGCCGGAGGAAGAUGGCGGAGCCGGGGGCGGCGCGGGGCUCCCCGCGGGCGGCAGCCAUUGAUGGAUUUCUAAAAACUGAUGAAAGACAAAGACUAGCAAAAGAACGAAGAGAAGAAAGAGAGAAAUAUCUUGCUGCUAGGGAGCAGCAGAUACUAGAGAAGGAGAGAAGAGCGAAGCUUCAAUAUGAAAAGCAAGUGGAGGAACGGUGGAGAAGACUGGAGGAACAGAGACAGAGAGAGGAGCAGAAGAGAGCAGCGGUUGAAGAAAAGCGGAGACAAAAGCUUAAAGAGGAGGAGGAACGUUUAGAAGCCAUGAUGCGUCGGUCCCUUGAACGCAGCCAGCAGCUGGAACAGAAACAGAAGCGAUGGUCGUGGGGAGGAGCACUGGCUGCAGGCUCAGGAGGGAGAGAUGGUGAAUCAGAAAAUACCCCACCCCCUGUUCUAGGUUUAGCUGCCAACACCCUUCCUCCAGACCCUGUGACCUCUACUGCUCCUGCUGAUUCCUUCAAUGCAUGUGACAAACUUUCAGCUUCUACAAUGAACCUGCCAAAGCAAAUGGAAUCGCCAAUCAGUAAGCGCCUCUCCUCCUCCACAGCGGCAAUAACACAUUCCCCCGACAGAGCUCACCGCAUGCAUCUUAGUCCAAUGGAAAACUUUAUUUCUCGACUGCUGACUCCCACACAGUCAUCUUUAGCCAGAAGCAGAAGUACCUUAAUGCUUUCUGAGCAGUACAAUAAUCCAGUAUUCCAUAUCUGUCCUCGUGUAGCACCAGCUAGUCCUCUAAAAUCUCCCUACAAGCCUUCCCCCACCCGAAGCGCAGACAGGAAGAAGGCGACUUCACCCUCCACUUCUGAUGCCGGGAAAGGGGCGGCUGCAGGUGAAGUCACUCAGACUGAGAAAAUAAAGAAAGAGAAGCGACCCACCACACCUGGUUCAUCAUCUGGAAUGGGAUCUCCUCUCAGAAGGUCUGAUUCUCCUGCUGCUAUGUCCAGAAGAUCUGCCUCACCUGCCACACCUAAGACAGUUGCGAAGACUUAUCCUCAGUCUCCUAAAAAUGCCAAACAAUAUCCAGCUUCUCCUGUGAAGCAUCGUGCCACUUCUAAUCUCAACCAGGAAACUCCUAAAAAGAAAGCAGAUAAGGAGAAAGAAAACGUCAGUCAUCAGAAAUCCCCAGGAGCACGCACUGAAGAAGCAGGCCAGGUGGCUUCUGAAAAGCAUGUGCCUGCUGCAGGAAAGCCAGAAAGUAGUGAAGGAAAGAUCACAGCAGGAACAACUGAUGCAGAAGAAGCUUCAAAAAUUCUAGCUGAAAAAAGACGACAGGCCCGCCUCCAAAAGGAACAAGAGGAGAGGGAGAGACAGGAGCGAGAAGAACAGGAGAGGCUUGAAAGAGAAGAACAGAAGAGAAAGGCAGAAGAAGAAAGACUUCGUCUUGAAGAAGAGGCUCGUAAGAAAGAGGAGGAAAGAAGACGUGAAGAAGAAGCAGCUAGGAAAAAGGCAGAAGAGGAAGCCAAGAGGAGAGCUGAGGAAGAACAAAUGCUGAAAGAAAAGCAAGAAAAAGAGCUCCAAGCCAAACUUGAGAAACAGAGGGAAGAAGCAGAAAUCAAAGCCCGUGAGGCAGCUGAGCAACUUCGUCUUGAAAGGGAGCAAAUCAUGCAGCAAAUUGAGCAAGAAAGACUGGAGCGGAAGAAGAGAAUUGAUGAAAUAAUGAAGAGAACAAGGAGGAGUGAAACUCCAGAAAUAAAGAAGGAAGAGCCAAAACUGGAGAUACCAUCAACUUUGAAUGUGGAAAAGCAACCAAAAGCCCUUGUUCUUAACCAGCCAGAGAUCAAUGGGCUGGCAACUUGCCUGAAAAGUAAAAGCUUAGAGAGUACUGCUUCUGUAGUACCUUCUCAAGAUGUGGUUGCUAAUGGACUGAAGUCAGUUCCAGGACUUGUUCAGCUGGAAGCUGUAGAUGGGAAAUCUAACAGCAUGGAAGAUUCAGCAGAUGAGGUUCAGUCUAUGGAUGUGAGCCCUGUUUCAAAAGAAGAACUUAUCUCCAUCCCUGAAUAUUCACCCAUGAAUGAACUCAUGCCUGGUGUUUCUUUCGACCAAAAUGGGACAAGCAAUGCCAAGGCUCUUGAAGAUCUCUUGGAUUUCACAGGCCCACCUACUUAUUCCAAGACGUCCAGUGAUACUAUUAGCAUUGAUGACUGUAACAAAAACUUGAUUGAGGGAUUUAACAGUCCAGGACAGGAAAAUACACUUAAUUCAAUCUGUUGACAGCCUUGCUUUUCGGCAGGACAGAUAAAGAGGUAGCAAUCUGUGGAGGACGUAUGUCUUUGUGACACUGCUGGCGGUAAAACAUGAAAUUGUCACUUGAAAAAGCUUCUGCAGUCCUGAACACUGGAUUUCAAAUAAUCAGAGCUGAAUAAAACUUUGUCUUCCCAGGGAAUAUGUUGACUAACUGGCUACUUUCGAUGGAAAACAGUGAUCUAGAACCUCGAUGGUUUCAGGGAAGACUGAGUAUGCAUUAGAAUUUGAGCUUGAGCUGCUAGCGAAGCACUUAUUUUUUUUCUUUUAAUUUAAAAUACAUCUGAACACUUCACUGUGAUUUUCCUUGUGCAUUUAAUUUUAAGAUCAUUGCUCCUUAAUUUUAUCAUGCAUCCAUUUAGCCAUGUUUUUAUUGUAAAUAGCGAUGAAGUUUGCCCACAGUGCACUGAAAAAUACUACGCUGUACUUUGGUUCUGUGCCUAUCUUCUUUUUUUUGUUUUUAAUAAGGAAUUAUUGGCAACUUUGAUGCAGGCAUAUAAUUCAAAGCUAUAGCUAAAAAGGCUUAAAACUGGAUAAUUACUGCGAGUGAAAGAACCUUCUUACUGACUGCGGAGUGUGGAGUUACCUUGUAAUGGUGAUGUUGACAGUUUUAGUCACUGGUGGCACUUACUGGUUAAUAUUAAUAGUCCUGGAGUGAUUAUGAAUUAUGUGUUUAAAAACAUACCUGUGUAACACCUGUAAACAAUGCAGGCACAAUGCCGAGUAUAAUCCCUAAUAUAUUAUAGUAUAACUGUAGUAGAUGCAAGUGAGUAUGUCGGGGGGUCAGGUAACAUGGUAACUUUGGAGAUGCAGGCGCUUGGUUAAUACCAGCAGGCUUUCUGUCAUGUGCAGAAGUGUUUUGUCUUCCUUACAGGCUCAACAAAACAAGAUACAGUCGGCAGCAAAAUAAUAUAUGAAAGUUGCAGCAGAAAUACAAAGGCUGGGAGACACACAGCGAGCACUGCUAGCCUACUUAAUAUCCUAUAAGCAUCUGUAUGGGAAAAUCCACAUCGAGCUGUAUCAUGUGUAGACAUUACGUGCCAUACGGUGUUAACUUCAUUUCUGUUGGUAACCUACGAUAACUAUAUGCUAGAUGAUGUGCUGCUUUGAGGACACUUUUCUCCAGUUCCUUAUAAAAAUAAAUUACAAAUACUGCUCUCUUUGGAAACUAACAUCAAAAAAAGAAGUGAAAACUGGGCUUGUUUGGUUAUUUUUCUUUUUACACAUAUGGGAGUUCCAAGUGUAUCUUGAGCUCGGUUGUAGACCCGUUCUUGUGCUCCUUGAAGCCAGCAAUGGGGAAGUAACCAAUAGAAUCACGUGCAAUGUACAAAGAAAGCAUUCCUACAGCAAUCUGGCUGUUUAUAUUGGUGUACUUCAGAAAAGUAAUUUCCUUUGACUGUGCAGUAAGCUGUAGCAUGGUACCGUGUCUUCCAAUUUAGUCCUACAUUUAUUUCUUAAAUAAAAAAAACCAACAAAACCAAACUGUUUGUUUUGCUGUGGUGCAUUGUGUUUGACAAAUGUCACAUGAUAUUUUAUUAUGGUGCCAUUGUAUAACAUGUAGAUUUCUUUAUUUGCAUGACCUGUAUAGCAUGUACAAAGGUGAAAUACAUUUUCAUUUAUGAAUCUAA